AUGAGUGCAAGGACGGACGAGGAAGCGGCAAAUGUCCAGGCGACUUCUGGCGUUACCAUGGAGGGACUGGAGAAGAAGUUGAAGGAGGGAUUGGGCGCAACCUAUGUUGAGAUUGAAGAUCUGAGUGGCGGAUGCGGGCAAAUGUACGAGGCCAUUAUCGUGUCACCACAGUUCGCCAAGAAGACUACUCUAGCACGCCAUCGGCUAGUCAACUCGACUUUGAAAGAGGAGAUUGCGGCGAUACAUGCAUGGACGCCAAAAUGUCAUACGCCAGAAGAGUGGGAGAAGAAGAAGCCUCAGUGA